UAACUGUCAGAGAAGGUUGCAGUUAGUAAGCUAACCUCAGCGGGGGAGAAGCUAAUGAGCCGCCUGUAGCAAAAGUUUUGCUAGGGUGUUGACCUGUGUUUGCCUGGUUGUAGUGUGGAGGAAAGAGUCAGAAAAGUACAGUAGCACGGACAACUGUCAUGUCAGACGACGUUAGGCUCACAGGCUUUGUAUCUGAACCUCUUCCAGCAGUUUGGGCGUGCGGACCCUCAGGCCAUCAUGCACAGAGCGACCCUCCGGCCUCUGAAAUGGACGCCACACUGUCACCUGCCAGUAACCCCAGUGACGUUUUAAUGGACGAUCCCUUAAUCGAGCCUGUCAGCAGCCAGUCAGAAAGCAAACCAAGCAGUGAAGUCGUGAGCGAACCCUCCGAUGAUUUUGUCGACCUAACGAACAACUUAACCGACUCUCCUGGUGACUCAGGCCCUGCUGAAACUGCCGUUACAGACGCAGCAAAAGACCCAACUGAUGAUUUUGUUGACAUAUUUGGAAGUGAAACUGAAGUGCCAGGAGGGGAAGUUGCCAUAGCAGAUGUAGCGGUCAAAGCAGCAGCUGCAGCAGAUAAAAGUGAAGUAACCAGUGGUGCUGCAGAUCUACCUGGCAGUGAGAAAACAGGAAAAGAUGCUCAACAGGAAGCAAAAGAAACUUCCAAUGCUCCAGUCAUCGACCUCAGUGGUGAUUUGCCAGCAAGUAACACACAGAAGCCGCCUGCCAGUGACAAAAUUGUUGACCCUUUGGUCGAUCUACUUAGUGAUGCUCCACCCGCUGCAGAUGCUAAAAAACCCAGCCGGGCAGCAGUCGAUCUGUUCGAAGAUGAGGGAAGCGACCUGUUCGCAGAGCCACUGCAGACGAAAUCUGCCAAGCAGCCGCAGAAAAGCCUCUUCGGCGAGCCCGACGAGGAUCUGUUUGGCGAGCCGCUGGGUGCCGCCUCAAAGAACACCAUCAGCAAAGAGCAGAAGGUCAAAUCUGCCACAACAAAAGCUGCCGGGGCUGGACACAACACUGGUGGGCCUCUGCUAGACAGUCAGCCUGCAGAACCUGCUGAUAUCUUCACUGAGGAAGCCGUCAGCACAACGCCCAGCCUCAGAAACACCAGCACCAUCAAUUCCAAGACUAAUGGAGUCCACUCUGAAGAAGAGGCAGAUUUAUUUGCUGAAGCCACAGUGGAGCUUUCUCUCGACAGUCCGCGGGAUGUGAGGAAGAAGGAUGCGACGGCCAAACCGUCUGCGUCCGACGCCACUCUGCCAGCAGCUGCUGCCAGCCUGACCAAACCACAGCCGGCGGCCCUGGAGGAGUUGGAAGAGGAGGAAGAAGAGCUGGAAGACAAGUUUGACGUCUCCGUCUCUGUCAAAGACCCUGAAAAAAUAGGUGACGGGAUGAACGCCUACAUGGCCUACAAAGUAACCACACAGACCACGCUGCCCAUGUUCCGCAACAAGACCUUCACGGUGAGGCGACGUUUCAGCGACUUCCUCGGCCUCUACGAGAAGCUUUCUGAAAAGCAUGGACCAAACGGAUUCAUCGUGCCUCCGCCACCGGAGAAGAGCAUCCUGGGAAUGACAAAGGUGAAGGUGGGAAAGGAAGAUUCCUCAUCUGCAGACUUUGUUGAGAGGAGAAGAGGCGCUUUGGAGAGAUACCUGCAGCGGGUGGUAAAUCACCCAUCGCUUCUCCAAGAUCCCGACGUCAGAGAGUUCCUGGAGAGAGAGGAAUUGCCCAGAGCAGUGAGCACCCAGGCUCUGAGUGGCGCCGGCUUCCUGAAAAUGAUCAACAAAGCAACGGACGCCGUCAGUAAAAUGACCAUCAAGAUGAAUGAGUCAGACGUGUGGUUCGAGGAGAAGCUGCAGGAAGUGGAGUCUGCAGACCAGCAUUUCAGAAAGCUCCACGCGCUUGUCGAAUCUCUGGUCAUCCACAGGAAAGAGCUGUCAGUAAAUACGGCCGGCUUUGCCAAAAGCACGGCCAUGCUGGGCAGCGCAGAGGACAACACCGCUCUGUCCCGAGCUCUGUCCCAGCUGGCGGAGGUGGAGGACAAGAUGGAGCAGCUGCACCAGGACCAGGCUGCAAACGACACCUUCUGCUUUGCCGAAGUCAUCGCAGAUUACAUCCGUCUGCUUGGAGCCGUGAGGGGCUCGUUUGAUCACCGGAUGAAGGCGUGGCAGCGCUGGCAGGACGCUCAGAACAUGCUGCAGAAGAAGAGGGAGACCGAGGCCAAACUGCUGUGGGCCAACAAGCCGGACAAGCUGCAGCUGGCCAAAGAGGAGAUCGCCGAGUGGGAGGCCAAAGUGACGCAGUACGAGAGAGACUUUGAAAGAGUUUCUUCCACCGUGCGCAAGGAAGUCAUCCGCUUUGAGAAAGACAAGGCCAGGAAUUUCAAAAAACAGAUAAUUACGUACUUGGAGUCUCUGCUACAGUCUCAGCAACAGAUUAUAAAAUACUGGGAGGCUUUCUUACCAGAAGCAAAAGCAAUCGCCUAAUCCUCGAGCACCAGCCUUUAGGACGACAGAACGGGCUGCCUUUCUCUUAUACACUUUACCUCUUGCCUUUAAACCAAGGAAAAUGUGUGCAUUGUAAAGGGAGAUACAAUCAACCAGUUUUUUUUAAUCACCUUUAACAUACAGCUCUGUAUUCUAUUGUAUUAAUAAUUGUAUAUUUUCAUUUACCCUUCCACAAAUAUUUUCUUAUUAGAUAUAAUAAGAGUUUGCGUACACGAAGAUAUGGACAGACAGAAAAAGAGAAAAGUGUAGAUGAAAUGAUUCCACUGGUUUCCACGCGAGAAGGGAAAUGAGCCGAGUCCGUUGUUCUCAGGAUUUUCUCCCUCCUUCACGUCGGCGGUGGUUAAUUGUUUACAGCGCGGCUGCUCUCUCGUCAAACACUUCCGGGGACCCACGUGACGAGGGCGGCCGAGAGUCUCAGCUCGGUCUCUUCUUGUUAAAACGACUCAAAAGGGAUUUAAAAAAAAAAAGUUAGAAUGAGAAAGAAUUAUGAGCACUUCUACCAGGUGGAUUAAGUACUUAAGUACCAGCUAUGGGUUUUUAUUUUUAUUUUUUUUUCAGAUUUAAAAUACUAUUGAUGCUGUGGGCGGGGGGUUGCAGGGUGUCGACAGGCAUUAGCACUAGCAGGGUCCACAGCUGUGGUCAGGGGUCGCACGGUAGGUCAAACUUGUUUUGAGUUUUAAACGUUUUGGAUAUGAUUUGAGUCACAGUGCAGACUUUACUCUCUUUAACCGCCACACGUCUGUGCCUUCCUGAGUCCGAGUGGUGUUGAUGGCGGGAGAGUCGUGCACAGUGCUGAGGUUAACAGUUACUGCCAUGACACGAUGUCAGCGCUGAGGUUUAAAGGAGCAGUACUGAUGUUUUCAUGUUCAAACCCUGUUUACUGCUAAUUGUAUUCUCCUUUUUUUCCUUCUCUGAGUUUCUGUUUAAAACCGCGAAAGGUUUGUUUUUUUCGUUUCCAGACAAUCUUUGGAUUUUGCUACUUUAUAAAAAUCGACCUGCAGUUGGUUCAAAGUUGUGUCUUUGUUGGGUGGAAAAUGCAGCACAGCCCAAAUGUCAGCAAGGCAUUAAACAGCAAGCGACGGUGACUAACUUUGAGGAAAAUGCAGUAAACACUGACACGUCCGCCGUAAGUCUCUGCGAGUGUAUUUUCAUGCUGUCAAAGUGAAAUGAGUGGACACCUGGAAACCAAAGGCUGUCUGGUUUUGUUUCUGAGUGCUGCUUUGUGUUGUGGUCGGCAGUAAUAUCAGGUCUGCAACCAUCACAUUUUUAUUAUCUGUUAAUCUGUCAGCCAUUUUGUUUUGUUUUGGUUAACUGUUAAGUCUAUUAAAUGCCCCCCCUCCCUCCCUUCCCCGCCCAGAGCCCAAAGGUUGACAUCUUGAAGUUGUUUCAUGUGACAUACAUUUUGAUUAUUAAAGGCGCCCUGUGGAGUUUCUGACGCGCCACAGCGCUGUGGACAAAUGCUUCAGUCCCUGUCUUUGUUAGCGUCUCGGGUUACACGGUUUCCCCAGGAGACGCAUCAAUGUGCCAACAAGAGCAACGAAGAAGAGGACGAUUUCAGAUCCUUCCAAACUUGUUCUGCAGCUGUUUGAGGAUGUGAAUGCACUCGGCGCAUUUAGACUGAUGAGAUACACAACGCUUUGGCAAAUGUAAACACAACUUUGCUUUACAGAUAAAAUCCACAGGGUACCUUUAAUUUACGAUGAUAUGUAACGAAGCGAAUCAGUGGGCUUGUUUUUUGUUUGUUUGGACCAAUCAUCAAAACUGUGCAGAAUGAUCCUUACAAAAAGGAAAACCUCCUCUGUACAAAGCACUGAGACUGGGUUGUUGCCUCACAGAAAAGAGAUUAAUGUGAAACACUGCACUCAUUGAUGGCGUCCUGAACCCGAUGCUUCCCUGAAGACUCAGUCUGCUGACUUUUAUCAUCGAACCUUAACGAACUCGUGUCACAGCUUUGCGUGGCAGGCCUGCCAUCUUUUCAUCACAGCUUUAAUUUUCACGUUUUGCACACACUUAAAGCGAAGCCGUGCGGCGAUGAGCCGCGCUGCUUCAUGUGCUGUCAUCAGUUUACUUGCAGGACGUUUCUCUGAUCCCUUUAUUUUAUUUUGUUCUGAUUUUUUUGACAGAUGCACGUUUGCUUUCAACUGUUUGGCAGCACUCAGAAGUGGUUGUUGGUGCUGCCUCAUACUGUAUGUCAUCACUCGUCAAUGUGCAGAGCGGCGUGCACUGUGUCAUAGAAAUUUCUUUUGAAACAAAUCAAUAAAGGUUGCACUGUUUACACUCGGAAA